CGAUCUGGGUCAAAGCGCAAGUUGAACCUCCUCAAGCAGCAACGUAUUUUCAUCAUCCUCAUUAACAGAAAUAUCACCCACGGUAUUGAAAGCUUCGUCCGACCCACACGCCACCUCAUGAUAUCUUGGCUAACAUUGGAGGCGGUGGCGGACCUCAUGAUAGCCUUAGCCAUGUCAUAUUUCCUCCACAGGCGUCGCACAGGGUUUCGACAGACGGAUACAGUGUUACGGCAAUUAAUAGUAUAUGCAAUCAACACCGGUCUGUUGACUAGUGUUCUGGCACUGGCCGUCAUGUUCGCUUUCGCACUCUACGGCUUCCACUUCGUACACAUGAUUCUGCACUCACGCUCGAGACUCCGGGCGGAACUUCAUUCCGGAAAAAACGGGAUUUCAAUACACUUGUCCCACCUUCCUCCCAAGAUACAUAACCAGAUAAGUGAUAUGGCGUAGUGUAAGUCGGACAAAUGUACUUGGUCAACAGGUACCAGUUCGUCGCCUCAGGCGAGGAUGGAGACAGGGUAAUGAGGAACCAGGAUCUUGAAUCUUCUCUGAGCAUGUCAGCCAGUGAAUUUGCUGAAUGCGGAUUAGAAUGUAUGGAGAA